CCUCUUCCGGGGCGGCAGCCAUGUUCUGGAGGGCUCUGAGGAGACGCUGGGAGUCCUACAAGUACCGCUUCGUGCCCUGGAUCGCCUUCAAUCUCCGCCACAAGCGCAGAACCCUGCGGUUUGUACCAGAAGAAUCAAAAGACAAAAUAGUUCCUGAUGAAGAUGUCCUUAAAACACUACUGAAAACCUUUAGAGCCUUAUUUAUAAAUGACUUGAGAAGGCAAAUGUUUCUUCUUAACUUCCUUCCGAAACUUAAAUCCAAAUAUCCAGAGCUAGAGACAGCUUGUUCUACGAUAUCCAAAGUAGUUGAUGACAACCAGCAAAGUCAAAUCAUCUUUAAUCCAGAAGAAGUUCUAUUUAAUACAUUAGGAUUCAGUAUUACACGAAGCUGCAGUUCCUUGGUUUCUGCUGGCACAGGAGUCUUUGUAACCAAAGGUUUAGUUCCAAAAGGGACAGUUGUAUCUAUGUAUCCUGGUACAGUCUAUGAAAAGUAUGAGCCCAUAUUUUUCCAGUCCAUUGGCAACCCAUUUAUAUUUAGAUGUAUAGAUGGGGUGCUUAUUGAUGGGAAUGACAAGGGAAUCUCAAAGGCUAUCUACAGGUCAUGCAGUAAAAGAGACCAAUUUGGUCCUUUAAAGAUGAGUGAUGCCUUUUGGCUUACAAAUAGUAUGCAGAAUCCACUGGCAGUGGGGCAGUAUGUCAACAAUUGUUCAACAGAGAAAUCAGCAAAUGUAUGUUACCAGGAGUUUGAUGUACCUGAAUAUUUUCCUAUAGAAUUUAAACAGUAUCUUCCAAAUAUCAAGUACAGUCAUGAAGUACAGAGGCCCUUGAGAUGUGUAGUUCUUGUGGCUCUACAAAGUAUUGGGCCAGGAGAAGAACUUUUCUCAAACUACUACACAAUUAUCAGCUGAGCCCGAGGAACUUACAUGAAGAACUCUGGCAACCUCAGUUUCCUCUUGUAUGGAGUUCCAUGCACCUGAAAUCACUCCAGAACUCCUGACUUUGGUAUAUGGUUUCCAAGGGGAGAGAGAACUUCCAUAAACAAAUGGCUUAACCCACCAGGGAAUAAGAAGUGGUUAACUUCAGGAGUCUGAGCCUCUGAGUGGCAGCAAGUUUCUUCUAGCAAUGACCACAAUCUGAUUAAAUUCACCUGAACGCAACUAUACAAGGCAAUGAAAAGACAAAACUGUGGCCAAAUAAAUCCAUUUUUAAAACUGUAUAAGCUAUAGUACUCUACAGCAAGACUAGUAAUACUUACCACUUGCUCACUAUGUCUUAAGCAAUAUUAUGCAAAAUUACACAAUUCAACGAACUUUUGGAAACAUUACUGUAUUUAUUGUCCCAAGAUGCCAUUGCCAUUUCAAAAAAUGAUUUACAAAGCGAUUUGUUUUUUCCUGUCUUUAUUUUUCAGAUGUGCUUAUGGUGAGAGUGGGGGCUACCAUUUUUGAAAGUCAUUUUUGUUAUUUCCCAGUACUGAUCUGUUAAGCCUAUGAAAGAGGUUAAAAUAAAAAGGCUGAAUUGCUCAA